UCCAGGGUCUCUGGGCUGCUGGCCCCGGACUACCUAGGGACAGAUCUCUCCGCCAUUAGGGAAUUUUUUCCUGAGAACCUCCUGUAACAUUUCACGAACGCCAAUUUGGGAACCACUGGGGUAGGGAGAAGAGGUGGCAAGGGCAGGGGCAGGCCAGUACGCUCCCUCCAGGGGCAGAGGACCUGCUUUCCGCGUUGCAGUUGCAGAAUUGCAGGCCCAAUUUUGUGCGUGCUUUUAGUGCAGCGGUGAGGGAGGUGCGAAAGGGAUAAUCGGAUGGGCAAAUGGACUCAAGAGACCUCUCAGGAGCAGGACAGUUAUGUGUGCUGCGUGGAAGCGUCUCCCCAGACCCCUCUCCUCACUGUUCUCUGCUUUGGGGAGUCAGUUCCACAAGUGGGGGCAGACAGAGCAGCAGUCCGUCACAGGGGCCUUGCACCAGUGCAAACAGCAGUGCAAGGUGCAGGACAAUGGGAAAGCAGGCCGGGCGGGGGUGGGGGGCAGUCACAUUCCAGCUCAUUUUGCACAGGUGCAGGACAAAGUGCAGGAGGAGGGGCAGAGCGGAAUUUCUGGGCUGCAAUCUCCUGACUGCCUGUAUAUAGGGCAGUGCUGUGGGCAGACAUGGCCCUAUCUCUCCGGCACAGUUUUCUCGCAUCCACCCCAGAUAUUUUGCUUUGAAACCAGUCACCAACCCGCUGGGGACCGGCCAGCGGGCGUGUGGACGCGGUGCUGGAGACACGAACCAAAAGGCCGGGGGCGCCCCCGAUUCUCGGAGCCGGGGCUGGGCUGUGUCAUCGCUGUAACCCGACCCGGGAGUGGCGCAAUCCCGCUCGGCGGAGGGUGAACCCCCGCGUGUCGUCACGGCGGGGAAAGCGCAGGGGGCGGCGCUGCAGCCGCGCAUGUUGCAAUCCGGAGUGAGUCCAGCGUCAGCCGCCCCGGGCGCCGGGCGAGGAGGGGAGGCGAGCGGCGCUGCAGUGCUGAUUAGCUCCGGUUUACAUCAUCCGCCGGGAUCUGGGACUCGGAGCCAGGGGGCUGGGCGAUGUGAGCCAGCCCCGCGAACAAAGCGCCCACCGCGCCGCUGCCCAUCGAUCGCCCCCGGUCCGGGGCAAUGGCGAGUCGGGGCGUCUGAGGCUCCAGGAGCAGGAUCCUCCGGGAUCGGCCCGCGGGGAUCGCCAGCCCCGCGCCUCUCCCCCGCCGGCCGCCCCCCGAAGAUGAGUCUAAACGUACAGGUGAUCCCUGUAGUGUCUCCACUGAAGAAGAAACGGCUGGACUUCGAGGAUACCCCUGACUCCGAGCCCUCAAAACCCAAGCGCCCACGGUUGGGUCCAGUGUCAGGACUCACCCCAUGCCUGCAGCCCCUUGCGCAGUCCCCUCGUGCCGUGGAACAGGACUCCAGGGUCUUGCAGAUUGGACCGUACAUCCUUCUGGAGCCCAGGGAAGAGGGCCACUCCUACAGGGCUGUGCACAGGCACACAGAGACGGAGUACAGCUGCAAGGUUUAUCCGGCAAGGAGUUACCCAGAGACGAUGGCCCCUUACGGAAACCUCUCGCCCCACCCCAAUGUGGCCCAGGUUGCCGAGGUGAUCCAAGGGGACCAGAACAUCUACGUCUUCUUCCAGUCCGGCAGAGGUGACAUGCACAGCCAUGUCCGCCGGUGCAAGCGCCUGCCUGAGAGAGAGGCCGCUGGGCUAUUCCGGCAGAUGGCCGAGGCGGUCGCCCACUGCCACGACCACGGGGUCAUCCUCCGAGACCUCAAACUCCGCAAGUUCCUCUUCAUGGACAGGGAGAGGACAAAGCUGGUGCUGGAGAACCUGGAGGACGCCUGUCUUCUGAGCGGCCCAGAUGACUCUCUGUCGGACAAGCACGGCUGCCCAGCAUAUGUGAGCCCGGAGAUCCUCAGCUCCAAGAACUCGUACUCAGGGAAGGCGGCUGACGUGUGGAGCCUGGGCGUGGUGCUCUACACCAUGCUGGUGGGGCGAUACCCCUUCCAGGACACUGAGCCUGCCACACUCUUCAGCAAGAUCCGCCGAGGGGUCUUCUCCAUCCCGGACGGCCUCUCCCCCAAGACCAGGUGCCUCAUCCAAUGCCUCCUGCGCAAGACCCCCUCUGAGAGACUGACGGCCCGGGAGAUUUUGCUCCACCCCUGGCUAGCGAAUGGUGAUGCUGCCUCCGAGGACUCCUGCAUAAACCCCUCUGGGGAGCAGGGCAUGGAGCAAGUUGUGCCAGACACUUGGAGCCAGAAGGACGAGGAGGAGGAGGAAGAUCUGCACAGUUAAGCAUUCAGAGGAUCCCCAAGGAUGCAUUACCGAAGAGGCCCUCCAUGCCUCCAGGGAACCUUAGACUGUCGGCAGCUCCAGGCGAGCUGGGGCUGGUGACUGUUUGUCUAAGGGGGGGGGCUGCUGCUCAGAUCGGGAUAACACUGUGGCUGUGUCGGCCCCAGCAGGGCCCAGAGCCAGGACUUGCAAACCCAAGUGCCUCAGAGGGGGAGCUGUGGUUGUCCAGGCGUGUGUCUGAAUCCUGCAGAGCAGGAAAGUGCCUUAGCCUUGUACACGGCAAUUCAGGGCAGACGUGACUAAAUAGGAGUGAGCCCCCAGCGAGCCCUGGUCUAGGGGGCUCCCACUUACUCGUGCCAAAGGACUUAUUCAAACUCUGAUCACCAGCAGCGCCCUCCCAGAGGGAUGGUGCAUUUCCCAUUCCCAGACAUGGGGAUCCGGAGGCAGGGAGUGGCCAGGGAACCGAGGCAGGCUCUGGCAUCUCCGGGUUCUGCACCAGUCCCUGUGGCCGUGUAGAAGCAGGAUGGGUGCAGAGGGGGCUGAGCUCUGAUACCAGCUUCCUGAAGUGGGGGGGGGGGGCCUUUCCCAGAGGGCACAGGAUAGCAGGCAUGGGAGGGUGUUUGAGGAACUCCUUGUCUUGUCACCUGGCAACUGAGCUUUGCUGCAGCCAGGGCAGUGGCUCCGUGGGGCUUGGAGGGUAGAGAUAUUAAUGGGCAGAGCGGAGAAGGGAGAGGGGGAUGCAGCUGGGUGGGAGUGUGAACAGGGCAGGGGGCGGGGUGUUCCAAGGUCAAGUCAAAGCAGAGCCCAAGAGCUGGAUGCAGCCUGGGGAGCCCUGUGGGGUGCCCACGGCCACCUCCCCUUUCUUUGUAGCUGUAGCCCGUACCAAGUCCCAGCAUGCAGUGCUCACCCUGAAGCAGAGGGGAAGGGGACACACCAUGCUGGGGAGAGGCACAGGUCUAUGCUAGUAGGGAUGGUGACUACAGCCUGCCCCAUUUGCCAGGCAUGGCCCUUGGGCUCCUGGCAACAAGCAAAUAAAGCCCCUGCCCGAGCUGUUUCCGGUGGGGGGGCAGAGAGUGAGCCCUGGCUGGGGUCGGGGCACUAUGAGGUCUCUGCACUAUCGUGCCAUGUAGGGGCCUCCCCCCCAUCUUGUGCUGUGACCGCAGCAGGCUGCCUUGGCUCUCUAACCUCCCCACUGGGGACCCUGCCCUCUGCUCCACCCCAGGAGCCCUGUGCCAGCCCUGCGCCAUCCCCUCAGGCCAGGGGGUGGGGGGCCGGCAGCAGCCCAGAAGAACUUUGACCAUAUAUAUCUCAGGGAGUUGUGAGGCAGCUGGUUUCUGGGGAGCGGCCGGCAUGCGCAGAAUGGACCUGCCUGCUCCAUCCCACUUAGCUCGAGCGGGCACCCGCCGCUCUCCCAACGCAGGCCCGGGGCCUCGCCUCUCCCGGAGCUGUGCCUUUGUAGCGUGCGUUUUACCCCCACCAUGUGUUGACACUACAGGGCCCAGGCCAGGACACCAUGUGUCUAUUCUUCUGUCCUUUGACAAAUAAAAGGUUUGUAAUGCUG